AUGCCCCCCCACUCCUCCAUCCUCAUCUCCAUCUCCGGCGGCUCCUCCGCCGGCAAAAAGACCGUCCUCACCGGCCUCGAAAGUGCCCUCCGCGCCGCCAGCAACAACACCCUCUCCAUCACGACCCUGCACCAGCGCGACUUCCUGCACCCGCUCACAGAGGCCCAGCACGCCUCUGCCGCCGAUGGCAAGCUAGAUCUUGAGAAACUGGGAGUGUACGACCUGGACUUCAUGGCCGAAACUAUCUCGGCGCUGCUCGCCGGCGCGGGGAAUGUGAAGGUGCCGGUGGUGGAUGCGCAGCACCGGCGCGGCGGGGAGAGAACGGUGGUGGAGGCGCCGGACGUGGUCAUUGCGGAGGGGUGCUACUUGCUGACGCAUCGGCGGCUGGUGGAGCUGGCGGGCGUGAAGAUCUUUGUGGACUGUGAUGCGGACGUGAGGUUGGCAAGGAAAGUCGUGCGCGACCAAGAGACUAGCAAGCUCCCGCUCGACGUCAUCCUAGACCAGUAUGUGCGCCACUGUAAGCCCGCGUACGAGCAGACGAUCCUGCCGACGAAGACGGUGUCCGACAUCAUUCUGCCGGCGGGCGCGGAGGGGCCCGGGAUCGAGUUGAUUGCGCAUGGGGUGAUGGAUGAUCUAAAGGGGAGGAGGAGGAGGCCAUCACUCACGCUGACGAGUUAUUCACUCAGUGAGGUGGACUUGACGAGUGGGGCGGGGUCGUAUUAUCAGGCGGUGUAG